AUGCCUUCUCUAAGUGCACCGCCGUCAGUGACGACGAAGACAGUGCCUCGCCCUGCCCCUGAUGGAAUGGGCAAUGGUCUGUUCGCCACGGAAGCGAUUAAGGUCGGCGAGGAUGUUCUGCAUGCCAUGACACCUUUUGUGGCUGUCCUCGACUCUCCGCGUCUCGAUGAUACAUGCGCAGCCUGCUUUGGCAAGCGGCAGAUGGAGGGUACUGUUGAUUUAAAGGCUUGCACUGGCUGCCGAGUGGUCAAGUACUGCGACCGUACUUGCCAGCUGAAGGACUGGAAAUUUUCCCAUUCGAAAGAAUGUCCUAUCUACCAGAGCUUGAAGGGCCGGGUGCUACCCAACAAUGCUCGAGCUAUCUUGCGCAUAGUCCUGCGUGCUAACCACGGCAAGUACAACGCCCAGGAGCUGGAACUCUUUUCCAGCCUGGAGAUGCAUAUGGACAAGAUCCAAGAGAAUAAGGAGCAGCAAGAACGUAUCACUCUUACUUCUAAGAGCGUGAAGGAGUACGCGAAUGUCCCGAUGAGCGUUGAAGACAUUGCCCAAUAUGCCGCCCGGUUGGAGGUAAAUUCAUUCAAUCUGACAACUGCAAUGUAUGACCGGAUUGGCCUGUACAUGCAUCCCUACGCAGCUUUGAUCAACCACAGCUGCGACUAUAACGCCACCGUAGGUUUUGACGGCGAAGAACUGUACGUGAAGGCCGUCAAGCCCAUCAACAAGAACGAGCAAAUCUUCAUCUCCUACAUCGACACCACCACACCCCACAAAGUACGCCGCAAUGAAUUAUCUGAGCGCUACUUCUUCCAAUGCCUCUGUCCCAAAUGCUCCAAGGGCCUCGACACCGCCGAGGACCGCUUUCUCGAAUCAUAUUCCUUUGAAUCUGCCGACUCCGAGACGGCCCUCGAGACAGCAGAGCGCCAGGCAUUGGAACUGAUGAAGAAAGCCUCCGAAUCAGACUCCAACCCUGCAGAAAGUAUCAAAGACCUCGAAUCCGCCCUCCACAUCCUGCACGCCACCUCCGCCUGGCCCAUCACCCGCCAGCCGUACGCCUCCAUCCGCGACCAGCUUAUCCUCUCCUGUCUCUCUGCCAGCAGAUUCAGUGAAGCCUUCAUCCACGCUGCAGUCCGCUACCUCCGCAUCGACACAGUGCUCUACAGCCCCGCCCACCCUGUGCGCCAAGUGCACGCCUGGGUCCUUGCCAAAUUGGCAAUUUACCUCUCGCAGAGCUUCGAGACGCACCCCGAUGACCCUGUCCGGCUGGAGGAGUACCAGCUCAAUUUCCAUUUUAUUCUGUGCUUCAAGAAGCUUGUUGCGGGGAACUUCGCGCAGGUCAACAGGGAGUUUGUGGGGCAGGGGUUGGAUCCGACGCAGUUGCCAGCGCAGACACUUGUUCGGCAGGCUUGGGGGGAAAUUGGAGAAGGUGGUGCAGGUUGUCUUGGAUAA